UUUGUAUCAAAACAAAACCUGACCGAGCAGAACCCGUUUCCUGCGGUGGCGGUAUAUAUUUUUUGCCAAAAUUCACGCGCAAAUGGACGUGGAAGAGGCCGUGCAAUCGAUUUGUGAUUCCACAGCUUCGUUAUCGGAAGGAUGUCGCCUGCCGGUGCGUAUGACCGGCACUAGUGAUUGGCCGCUAGCGGAAAUUAUCAGUAUUAAAGAGUUGUCUGACAGUACGACUUGGUAUUAUGUGCACUAUGUGGAUUUUAAUAAACGUCUGGAUGAAUGGGUAACUGAAGAAUAUCUUGAUACCAGGAAGGUUCAGUUUCCUCGAAAAGAUGGACUCACCACCGGCCAAAAUACUGGAGUCACAACUCCGAAACGAAUACCACCGGUUGGAGAACGUUCACGCCCUGCAAGUCCCAUCACUUCGCCAGAUAUUGUCAAUGGGAGUGCGGUACUGGCGGCGGCUCUGCAGAAAAAAAUCAACAGAAAGCGGAAAGCCGUUUCCACAGAGAAUGAAGACUCGCAGGAUGUUCCAUCGACGCCAACUCCCCGACAGUCGGGCAGCAUGGUAACGCAUCACGACGAUGUCGUGACGCGGAUGAAAAACGUCCAACUGAUAGAACUCGGCAGCCAUCGAAUCAAGCCGUGGUAUUUUGCGCCAUAUCCACAGGAACUUUGCACCAUGACCUGCAUCUACAUCUGCGAAUUUUGCCUCAAGUACCGCAAAAGUCGAAAGUGUCUCGAGCGGCACAUAAAAAAGUGCAAUCUAAGACAUCCGCCGGGGAAUGAAAUCUAUCGGAAAAACACGAUAAGUUUUUUCGAAAUCGACGGGCGAAAGAACAAAAGUUACGCACAGAAUCUAUGUCUGCUGGCGAAACUUUUUCUGGACCACAAAACGCUCUAUUACGAUACGGACCCCUUUCUGUUCUACGUUAUGACGGAGUUCGAUUCCAGAGGUUUCCACAUCGUGGGGUACUUUUCGAAAGAAAAGGAAAGCACCGAAGAUUAUAACGUCGCGUGUAUCUUGACAAUGCCGCCGUAUCAGCGGAAAGGUUACGGCAAACUGCUGAUUGAGUUUAGCUAUGAGCUAUCGAAGUUUGAGGGAAAGACCGGCUCGCCCGAAAAACCUCUUUCCGAUUUGGGUUUGCUAUCCUACAGAAGCUACUGGGCUCAAACGAUUCUGGAGAUUUUGAUCCUCGCCAAGCCCACCGGGGAUAAUGAAAAACCCCAAAUUACCAUCAAUGAAAUUUGUGAACUGACCAGCAUCAAGAAGGAGGACGUGAUAUCGACGCUGCAAAUACUGAAUCUAAUCAACUACUACAAGGGACAGUACAUAAUCUGCAUCAACAAGGAGACAAUCGACCAGCACCGGAAGGCGAUGGAGAAGCGCAAAAUCCGAAUCGAUUCGAAGUGUCUCCACUGGACGCCAAAGGACUGGUCGAAGCGAUCCAAGUGGUGAAACUUGACCUAAGUACCGAGUGAAACACAUAGGACAUAGGUAUAUCAUCGCUUUCCAGCAUCAUACUUCCAGGAAUCGUGUGGAAUAGAAAAACAGCGAUCAAAUAGAAAUAUUUCGUGUUUUAGUGAGAUGUGUUCCCUUUCCAAUUCUACAGCAGGUUUUGUGCAGAGUGUCCUAGUAGUGUGUAACGACCCAAAAUUUACAGACUAUCGGGGAUGUCUGCUUUUCUAGAUUUAGCAUACAUAACUAAGAUUGUAAAGAGCCUAGAUAAUAAAUCAUUUAAUUUAAAC